GAGGAGCAUCUCCAGCACGUGGGGCAGAGUGGGAGCUGCCAUGUGCCCAGGAGAAGAACUGCUAAGAGGUGAGGCUGUUAGGCUGGAGAAUGGAAAGAGAGCACCUCAUAUACAGGCACCUAAAUUAGCUAAAAACUUCUGUGUCUGUCAUUUGGCUACUGGGGACAUGCUGAGGGCCAUGGUGGCUUCUGGUUCAGAGCUGGGAAAAAAGCUUAAGGCAACGAUGGAUGCUGGGAAACUGGUGAGUGAUGAAAUGGUAGUGGAACUCAUUGAGAAGAAUUUGGAGACCCCAUCAUGCAGAAAUGGUUUUCUUCUAGAUGGCUUCCCUCGGACUGUAAGACAGGCAGAAAUGCUUGAUAACCUCAUGGAGAAGAGGAAAGAGAAGCUUGAUUCUGUCAUCGAAUUCAAAAUCCCAGACUCUCUGCUGAUCCGGAGAAUCACAGGAAGGUUAAUUCAUCCUCAGAGUGGCCGUUCCUACCAUGAAGAGUUCAACCCCCCAAAAGAACCCAUGAAAGAUGAUGUCACUGGGGAACCCUUGGUUCGCCGGUCAGAUGAUAAUGAGAAAGCCUUGAAAAUCCGGCUGGAGGCCUACCACACUCAGACCACCCCCCUUGUGGAGUACUAUUGCAAACGAGGAAUCCACUCUGCCAUUGAUGCAUCCCAGACUCCUGAUGUCGUGUUUGCAAGCAUCUUAGCAGCCUUCUCCAAAGCCACAUCCUAGUAACAGAAGGCCAGGCGAGACUACACCACUGCUCAUCACCCCGCGGCGUGAUCCCUGCUCUUAGGUGCUGGGCAGAGGGAUGGGUGGUCAGGGUAAGGAUGGAGGGAGGGGAGUGGUGAAGGGCUCAAAAAGAGUAUUGGAAAAGCAGCAGUAUUGUAUGGGGCCAUUUCUUUUACACAAAUUAAGCAUUUUAAUAAGUGGAAGAGGAAAUUAAUUUUUUAAAAACUGAUUGGAGGGUGCCAGUAGAUACAGGGAGAUGCAGUAUUAUUGCUAAAGAAUCGAGUUUUCAUUUACUCUGGACUGGUGACAGUAUGUUUUAAAACUAAUGCCCUAAGACCUCAGCUUUUAUUUCAGGACCUCAUGGGUUGCCAGCCCAGGAAUGCAGGAAGUCAAGCUGUCCUAUUCUUUCCUGUAGCAUGGAAGAGAAAGGGUUUGACUACUCACCUUUCUUCCCUACAUAUGAAAUUAAAAAAAAAAAAAAAUUAUGUCUGCAUUGGGAAAAGACACAUGUGAUGUGUUCCUAGGAACAGUGGUUCAGCAAGCCAAGUUUACAAUAGCUGUGGGGAUGGGGGGACAGGCUGGACUCUCACCCUACUGGACUUAGAACUGAUAUACCAGUUUACCUAUUCUCCUGGGAAAGCUCUCAGCAACCACCCAGCAUAUGUCACAAUCCUCCACUCUUGCCUUCUUUUGCCUAUGAUAUGUGAAAGGACUCUAGCAAAUAACCAAGUGUCCUAAGCAAUAUCAUCCAAAGAUUAUUUUUCCCAUCCUCAAAUCCUGUGACUGGAAUCACUCAACAGCACUGUGAUGUAUUUUCAACGAGGUGCCUUUCUUAAUGGACCAAAUGCCUUUUUGACCCCUAAAUCAAUAAAGUAUGUUAAAAGUUUGUA